CAACAAAACGGAAAUCAAGUUAUCAGCAAAAUUCUUAAUAAUCACGUACAUUCGUAGGCAAAAACCGUGGCUAAAUCCAUAAACGCCGCAAUUUUAAAUCGCGUUAAAUAACCCUAGAUAUACAUACACACAGCCAUAUAAAUUUGCUUUACCGUAUGCAGUCGCAGCUGUCACGUAGCACCAACCGGAGCAAAAUGGUGCCCGAGUUCACCGGCAAUUGGCAUCAGCAUAGGGAAAAGCCACGCAUCCUGGUCAAAUGUGGCGGCUUCUCCAGCCAACUGGCACGUAAUGUUAACGAGAAGGUCGACGGCGAUCCAUUGUGGGGUUCCCGAUUCGAUGCCACCCAGCCGGAUGCCGUGAUAAAAACCCACUUGGAUUUUCUACGCAAGGGCGCGGACAUCAUACUGACCAAUACGUAUCAGUCGAGCGUGGAGGGCUUCAUGAAGCAUCUGGGCAAAACGCGCGAGGAGAGCAUUGCGCUGAUUGCUAAGAGCGUAGAGCUGGCGCGUCAAGCCAGGACGCUGUACCUGACCGAAGUAGCAGAAAAUAACGGGGAUAUUGCCCCCGACAUGCCAUUGAUUCUGGCGUCGAUCGGGCCGUAUGGUGCCCAUUUGCACGAUGGCUCCGAGUAUACGGGCAGCUAUGCCAAUCUGGUCAACUUUAGCCAGCUCCAGAAAUGGCACAAACCCCGGAUUGACACCUGCUUGGCUGCAGGCAUCGACGGGCUCGCUGUGGAGACGCUGCCCUGCCAGCUGGAGGCGCUGGCUGUCACAGAUCUCAUACUGACUCGCUAUGCCACUCCUCGCUUCUGGGUGUCGUUUCAGUGCAAGGAUUCGUCUAGUCUGGCGCAUGGCGAGUCGUUCGCCGAGGCCGCUCUAGCCGUGUGGAACAUGGUUGUGAAGUAUAGGGCGAAGUCGCGCCUCAUAGGCAUCGGCGUGAAUUGUGUGAAUCCCAACCAUGUGUCGCCUCUAUUGAAAUCUCUGCUGGCCAAGCUGCUCGACGGCGAUACAGUUCCGCUCGUCGUCUACAGCAAUCGCGGCGAGAUCUACGACAGUGAUCGUGGCGAGUGGACAGGCACUGGACUGAAUGUGGCUUCAUUUGUGCCCGAGUGGCUACGCUUGGGCGUACGCAUCAUUGGCGGUUGCUGUCGCGUCUAUCCGGAUGACAUACAGGAGAUACGGCAAACUAUUGAAGACAUCGCUCAGCAGCCGAAUUCGCCAAUACAAACAUCGUUAGUUAUAUAGUCACUAUCACUGCCGUGUCCGUCUCCGUCUGCCUGUCUGUGUGUGUGUGUGUGUGCGCGUUUUUUA